GUCGGGCCUACAGUCGCCACAUCUUUUCAUGCGAAGAAGCUGGGCUGCUAAAACACCCUUUUUUGGUUUCCCAAAACAACUCCGGCCCGGGCCUCAGUCCGCGGUCUAGAGUUUGAUAUCAGGCUGAUUGAGAGUGAAGCACGCCGGUGUGUAGCUGCCAGCCACCAUCAUGGGAGACAGUAGAGAUUCCCGCAGCCCAGACAGUUCGUCUGUGUCCUCCCCUCCGUCUGGCCAGCGCUCCCCCCCACUGGUUCCCUCAGCUGCAGCUUCCAUGACCUCCCUGCCUCCCAUCACCUCCGCCGGGGUGAACAGCCCCAUCAGUAGCAUCGGUUCCCCUUUCUCCGUCAUCAGCUCUUCGCUGGGCUCACCCUGCCUACCCGGCACACCGUCAGUAGGCUACGGCCCCAUUAGCAGUCCGCAGAUCAACUCAACAGUAUCCAUGUCAGGGCUCCAUGCAGUGAGCAGUUCAGAUGAUGUGAAACCUCCAUUGGGCUUGAAGCAGAUGUCGCCCCACAGCCCAGGGCCGAUGCUUUCCCAGAAACGCCUUUGUGCAAUCUGCGGAGACAGAUCUUCUGGUAAGCACUAUGGUGUCUACAGCUGCGAGGGAUGUAAAGGUUUCUUCAAACGGACAGUGCGUAAAGACCUGACCUACACCUGUCGGGACAGUAAAGACUGUAUGGUGGAUAAGAGACAGAGGAACCGCUGCCAGUACUGCCGCUACCAGAAGUGCCUGGCCAUGGGCAUGAAGAGAGAAGUGGCCAAGAUGAACGACAGAUCUGUUCAAGAGGAGCGGCAGAGGAACAAGGAGCGGGAGGGUGAAGUGGAGUCGACCAGCGUGGUGAACGAGGAGAUGCCGGUGGACAAGAUUUUGGAGGCUGAGAUGGCCGUAGAGCAGAAGACAGAGCUGCACGCAGAUGGAAGUUCAGGCGGCAGCUCUCCCAACGAUCCAGUCACAAACAUCUGUCAGGCAGCAGAUAAGCAGCUCUUCACCCUGGUGGAGUGGGCCAAGAGGAUCCCUCACUUCUCUGAGCUGCCGCUGGAUGACCAGGUCAUCUUGCUACGUGCAGGUUGGAAUGAACUCCUGAUUGCGUCGUUCUCCCAUCGCUCCAUCUCGGUGAAGGAUGGGAUCUUACUGGCCACCGGCCUGCACGUCCACAGGAACAGUGCUCACAGUGCGGGUGUUGGAGCCAUCUUUGACAGGGCGCACAAUGCCGAGGUUGGGGCCAUAUUUGACAGGGUUUUGACAGAGCUUGUGAGCAAGAUGAGAGAUAUGCAAAUGGAUAAGACAGAACUGGGCUGCCUGCGAGCCAUUAUCCUCUUCAACCCAGAUGCCAAGGGUUUGUCCAACUCCAGUGAGGUGGAGCUCCUGAGAGAAAGGGUGUACGCGUCUCUCGAGACUUACUGCAAACAGAAAUACCCCGACCAGCAGGGCAGGUUUGCAAAGCUCCUCCUCCGGCUCCCAGCACUGCGCUCCAUUGGUCUAAAGUGCCUGGAGCACCUGUUCUUCUUUAAACUGAUCGGUGACACGCCCAUCGACACCUUCCUGAUGGAGAUGCUGGAGGCACCUCACCAGCUCACCUAGAGGAGCCAGCCAGGUUCAGUCCGGUCAGGAUCCGAUGCACACCAGGAUUACCUACAGCCUGCCCCCCUGUUGGGUCGCUGGCUCUUGCCAUUGGGCUUCACUUAAACUGCAGCACCUGCUGGUUUUAAUGUACCAGCUCUUACACUUAUACACACACAUACUGUAGACCUACACACACACACAUGUUCCCUUUCACCGGCUAAUUCUCCCCACACACACACACACACACACACACACACACACACACAAACACACACUGUUACAUGCAGAUCCUAACUUGCAGAAAUGAAUCGACAUGCAACAUAACUAUUACACACAGGAUAUGGCUCUGAAUGAACAGAAUGCUAAUACAUACACACAAACACAUUUGCACCCUCUUAUCCCAUACUCAGUUUUCCCCCGUAGGGGUUAAGACUCAAGGAAAAUAUCCCCUUUUUAUCACAAAAAUUACAGCUAAUGUCUUAAUUUUAAGUCAGCCUUCAGUUUUCACAUCUUCAUCUCACAGUGGGUUUUUGCUUCUGCAUAUCUGGUGUACUUCCCCUGUUUUUACUCGGUUACACAGCUAUCUGCACCUCUGUAUAUUGUAUCCAUCAUUAGUCGUUUAGUUAUCCAUGUAUGGUUUUAGUUUAAAAUCAGGUGUGUAGCAUUUCAAUCAACUGUCCACCAUCAAACAAAUUGACUUCUUAUUGGUCAGGAAGUGUCCUAUAACGGACAGGCAGACACACCCUCCCAAUGAGUUCAUCCAAUCUUGUUCACCUUAAAAUAUUUUAUGCUUUUUUUUGAAUAUUCAUGCUGAAACUUGUUUGAGUUUCUAUCUUGAAGUACUGUACUCAUGAAAUGAGAGCUUUUUCCGAGGCAUUGUAAUCCAGGAAAAGGGGGCUGGGAGCACUUUGUUGAAAAGACAGACUUUGUCCUUCCCACCCUGAUGCGCACAGUGGGCUUUGUAAGACAAGAAGAAUGACUUGAAUUUUCUUUUUUUUUUCCUUUUGCUUUGAUUUGAUUUGAUCCUUUUCUCUACUUUGGCAGUUGGUUGGCAUUUUGAACAGUUUGAGGCUCACAGGAAGUACAGCUUAAUGCAAGAUACAAUAGUAUUUGUUUCUCUUUUAUCUCCCGUUCCUCCAAAUCCCCCCUUUCCUGGUGGUCAUUUAUGCACUUUUUGUGAGUUGUAACUGUGUAAAUGUUCCUGUUUUCUCAAAAUGACCAUCUAUUCUCAGACACCUAAGAUGACCUUUAAGGUACUAUGUGUAGGGUUUUCUCAUUAUUGCAUCAAUUUCAAAUCAGAUGAGAUGAUUUGAUUUAGACUUUGCAGAAUAAUUUGCUACUUCCUGUACAGAUGAUAACCAGGUUUGGGAAUUAACACUAGCCACCAAUCAAAUCGUGAACAUUUUGGCUGGCAGCAGGUAUGUUAACCUGUUCCAACAGUCCAGCUGAUUAUGAUAGGUAGCUCUUUAUUCCAAAAAUCUGCUGGCCACAGAAGAGGAGAAUAAUCUUCUGUGUAGCACUGGCCAACCUGUAGCGGUGUUGUGAGUAAAUAAAUUAGUCUAGUUUUGACCUUUCUUCGCCGCAGCUAUGGAAGUGUCCUUGUACAAGUUACUGAACGAACCAGUAACUUUGUGAGGCAUUGCUUUGCAUUCCAGAUGCUGCACUCUGUCCUCUUUUUCAAAACAAGGUGCAAAAACUACAUUUUUAGUGCAACACACACACAAAAAAAGAACAGCAGAGAUGAUAAAUAUGAAGAUUAGAAGUGAUUCUACAGUGGCAAUAAUGCAACAUCUCAUUUCACCAAGUAGUCAGUUGGCGAUACUUUUUUUUUUUAACCCAUCGCUCAUGGAUGGAUCAUCAGCUGCGAAUAUCGAUUCUUAAAUCAAAAGCACCAGUGUUUGACUCGCAGAGGACGUUUUGUGUGCCAUGUUACUGUAUCGCAAUAAUGAAAAGAAUUAGUUCUAUUUAAUGGAAAUCCUACACUUACUACCUGCAGCUUUGAAAACUUUAUUCAGUGUGUAUCAGCUCAACGCUUGCGACUUUUGUACAGUAGAUGUAAAUAAUAGAAGAAGAAAGAAAGAAAAAUCACACAGGAGUCAUGCAGAAACAAAGGCCUGUUUCACACUCAUGUGAAUGUGAAAUAUGCGGCUCUAACUAAAUUUGAAAAGCUCUAUUUUUUUGCUGUCGAAUCAACAUUAGACUCGCCUUCCGUGUAUUGACGUCACCAUGAAAUUAUUAUUAUUGAGCCCAGGGCCAAAACCACACCUCACUGCUGCUUUUGCACCAACUUCUGCCAAUGUUCCCUGAUGUUCUGGGUAAUUGAUUGGCUGGAUUUCAUUGACAAUGGCACUUGACAUUUACUGUGAUUGAAAAAUUGUGGGCAACUGAAUCUGAGCAUUGCAUUGAGAAAUGACCCUAACCCUAACCGUCUACAACAUGCUCCAAGUUGAGCAAUACUGGGGUACACGUUAAGACUGUAUCGCCUAUUUGUUAGUAAAGUAUUUACAGGAGUGUUGAAGUUCAGAAGUAUAUUUAGCCUUAUUAUUAGUCACUGCAUUUCAUACAAAAAUUCGUAACGUACAUUUUGCAGUAUCAUUCUACAGGGAAGAGGUACAGUUGUCCUCUACCAGGUGCUAAAUAACUGAUGUGGUCUUUUUAGUUUAAGACUUGCACAUUUACAUCAAUGCAAAUACACAAGACAAAUCAAGACAGCCAUUUGUCCACCACAGGUCUGCUUAACAUGUAGAUUUUUUAUUUUAUGUGUUACUUUAUGACCCCUAACUUUACUGCAGACUCCAGCUAUGGAAAAUGAACACCAGCUAAGUGCUUGUACACUUUGGCUGUGGUGGAUAAGUCUCUGUACGUUACCAGACACAGCUUAGAGUCUUUUGUAUUUUAGAAAGGCUCGUGGAAACUGAAAGUAGCCGUUGAAUUUCGGGGGUCGGCCCACCCGCCCGCUACUUUGACCACAUUUGAGCAAUGAGCUUCCUGCCCCGCAGAUAGUCCAAAUACUUCUACUCAAAGAGGAUCCUCGGCCCCCCCCCCCCCCCCAUGUGAUGUGGACAAUGGAGGCAGACAGUUAAAGAUGACCUGUGAGACAGGUGCUUCUUUUAACACGUCGAUGGGUUGGUCUAACCAUAGAGUUUGGUGUUGUUUCAUUUUUUUCUCCACUCAUGCAUGUGUACGGCCAUCUCAAAAAAAAAAGUAGUCUCCAGAUGUCCAUUCAUUUCGUACAUGCAGAAGAAAGUCAGCCCCGCGUACACCGUUACUGCCUCAUUCUGGUGUUUGUUAGCGUGGAAUAGCCAGGUGCAGCUGAUGCUUUGCGUGAAAAGCACCAACACCUGCUUGAAUUCUUAUACUGUAUAUGCUACCGUUCGGUCUCAGUGCUUUAGCGGAUUGAAUUUGUUCAGAUGAGCCAAAACGAGCUGUUUUGAGACUUAAGUGAAAAAAAGAUUUUGUGGCAACCGGGUUUUGAGACACUUUCUCAGUCUUUUUGUUGUUGGAGCAUAUCUCUAGAUAAGAGGUAAGAUAACCUUUAAAAGUGCAACCCAAAAUGAGAUUUUGAGAGUAGCCUGACUUUAGUAUGUGCGCUUUUGUAAAUAAUCUUACCUUCUGUUUGGUUGGUGUCUCAGCAUCUUCAUCUGCAGGAUUUUUCUUUCUUUUUUUUAUGUUUGGAGCUUCCUCUGUUGAAUGUUUCAGCUUGCUGCUACAGUAUCACGUUUAAAGCCGGGGAUGGGAAUGAUUACACAAUCAUUCAAGGGCCGAGUGACGAACUUGUCUACGUUAAGAAUAUCACAAACGUAACACAAUUGUCUGAGCAAAUGCCAAUCUUUUGUUGACGAUUCAUCAAAAAGCAACAUAUGCAACUUGUAUAUUCAUAUUGUGGUAACGUGGUUAAGCAGUCGUCAUGCAAUAUGCACAUUAUGUUUCUGGCAUUUGUCAUUUUUUAGCUUUUAGUCUGUUACAUCAGUUAAUAAUAAUAACUGGCAGUGAAAUUAUUUAGAGUUUCCAUCCCUCCAUAUAACAGCAAUGCAUUUUAAGUUUGGCAAUGCCAUGUUUGUAUUUCUUUACAUUUUUGCUUUGAGCUUAGGUCAUUUGAAGAUGAUUAGCAGAUACAGACAAACAAAAAAAGACUAUACAGAUAGUGCAGGUUCUGUAUGUGAAGCUACUCAAAGCUUUGCUGAUCGAACCUGCCUGUUUUAGCAAGAGCUGGUGGUUGGGUGUCUUCUUUUUUUCCAUUCUUUCUUUUUUUUUUAGCAUUUGUUAUAAAGUAAGUGUGGCCACGUGUGUUAUACUUUAACACACGUGUGUGUGAAAUCUGUCUGCAGCUACCGCCUUUUGACUGGCAGAUACUGUAGCUUCGGCUGUGACGUGCUGAGCGCUGUUUAAUUGAUUUUGUGGUGCAAAAUAAUAAAAAGAUGCACAGAGGAAUUAGGAGCCAGGCUGGAGGGGUGAUUUAAAACUGGCUUUGUUGACCUGAUGCUUUAUCAACACAACCCAGCCUCCUCCCUUCCUUCACUUUGCCCCGUCUCCACUGCUUUUCUUUUUGUUUUUGUUUUUUUAAACUUAAACACUUAUUCACUCGCCCACGUUGGCUGAAAACGUCUUGGGCUUUUUUGCGUUGGAAAUGGACUUAUGUAACAUAAAAACUUGCCAAUUAUUCUUUGGACUGUUUGAAAAGGAUGUGAAGCUUUUCGUGAAUCAAACAUAUGGAGAGCUGUAAGGAAGGGAUUCAGUACUGUGUGUCCCUCUUUGCUUAACUUUACUUGACGGCAGAGCAGCGACGAUCUGCGGUCGCCGUGGGAGACCGCCGGAUCGCACCGCAACGCCCACAAAAAUGUUUGUCGUUGCAACCGUGUGCACUCAAGGCAGACGCAUGCUGUGACCUUUUGACUGUGUAGCAGUAUUGUUGUCGCUGUCUUUGUUACAUUUUUGAAAUUACUCGCUUUUUGAAAAUAAAGACAUUAAUUAAAUAUGCUUUUUUUUUUUUUUUUGUAAUGGAUCGCAGGCUGUGACUGAAGAAUUGAUCAUCGUGUAUAGAUUAGAUAUCAGGGAGGCAUUUUGACCUAUUAAUACAGGCCCCCUGGAGCCGAGGCCCAUCCCAUUAUGAUCAAUGAGGCGCAGUGUGUGCUAUGCAGCCUUGAAACCACCACCCUCACUGGUUUAUUUAUCACUGCCAAGCUGUUAGCGGAUGUGGCCGUUUUAAAUGCAGGGCCACUCUGUACCCAGUGCUUGUUUUGUCAUAUAUGUUGUGAUUAUUGUGCAGCGCACUAAAGAGUGUGCGCUAACCUUGCCCUGUGUAGUGCAUACUAAAGAGGGGCCCUAAUAGGGAUUGGAAUGACAGCUCGUGUGAAGAGGGGAGAACUGGUCUUAGGAGAGAUGAGUAGACCAGUGUGUGGCCCCCUCUGGGUGCUCAAGCUGUGCAUUGGUGCUUUUUUUUUUGUUUCUUUUUUUUUAAGGGUUCCCCAGCCUGAAAACUUUGGUUUCCAAGACACAGGGAAAUGCAUAUAUGAGUGAAAUGCAAAUAAGGAAUGAUUUGACCAGCCUAGCCCUUGCCCUACACCUAGACCUGCUCCUCUUGAGCUGCAUUUGGUUGGGUGUUUACUGCAUCCAGGUCCAACUGCAACUUUUUGUGUGUUUACUGUGUCAGAAUCACGUGUGGCUCUAGCUGGAUAUGACAAGCUAUAAAAAAACAAAACCCUCAGAAUCGGUUAUAGAUUAAGAGUGAGAAACUGUGGUUCUAAUUGUAGACACGCAGUGCAAAGGAUCUAGAUACAUUGAAUGAACUUGAUGGGAGGCGUCAACUUACUAUUAUUGCAUUGGAGGUGGUUGUUGUUGUUGGUUUUAAAGGUUGGAGGAAUUGUGAAGGGUUGGUUAGAGAGAAAGAGGGAGGAAAAGGAGGGCAGGGACUUAAAGAACUCUGAUCAGGUGUUUAUUUGUCGAUCAAGAAGAAAAACAGAAAAAAAAACUUUUUUUUCCCAGUAGAUCCUAGAAUCUUCCUUAAUGUUUACUCUUCACCUAAACAAAAUUCACACUGUUUCUUUAUCUCGUUUCCUGUCUCCCUCGUCUCUGACUAUGCUAUUCAUCUUUUGUUUAUUACAAAGUAUUAAACAAAUACAAGAACUGUAAAAUCUGAAUGGAAUCUAUCACUCUUAUUUUUAAUUUCUUCAUUCUUUUUUUUUCUUUAAUUUUUUUUUCUUGUGUCUGUUCUUUGUCCCGUUUGUAUCCUACUCCAUUGUACAUGUGGAGCUGAUUGACUUAUUGUGUGCUUCGGGGAUUGAAAGAAGAUAUAAAAAAAAAAAAAAUCUGAAUAAUUUUUUCAGUCAUUAAUUCUGAAUCUUGUUUCUGUUUGUUGUAUCAUGUCCGAGUAAAGGUUUUAAUACUGUA